UGUGCUUACUGCUUUUCUGUGGAAACAGUACUGUCUGUGUGAGAGCAUGGGUGUGUAGAAGGUACAUCUGCCAGAGGUAUUACAGCCUGUUCGAUUUUCUGUUCAUUAAACACAAUCAACAAUCUGUUGUUCUUCAUAGUCUGAGUCACGUGCAGUAGGUACUGUGUGACUUUGAUCAGGUCAGCUGAACAGAGCAAGGUUCCUACGUCAUUCCUGAAAAUAGACACCUUUGCCUAAAGCACUGUCAGUAAAAGGUAAAAAGUUAAUAAAAAGAAAAUGAUUUUGGAAGGAAACGGCGUAAUGAACAACAACUGGUACAAUAAUGUAUCACUCUGGUCAGGUGGAUAUUCAACAUGUGACAUUCAUUCAAGUUUGCCUGGAGGUCAGUGGCAUGAGAUCCAUCCUCAGUACUGGAACAAGUUUCAAGUGUGGGAGUGGCUGCAACACACUGUCGAUGCCAAUCAGCUGGAUGCCAGUUGCAUUCCUUUUCAUGAUUUCGACAUACAUGGUGAACGCCUGUGUACCAUGACCGCACAGGACUUCAACACUGCAGCAGGAUCAGUGGGACCACUCCUGUAUAACAACCUACAGAGUCUUAAGUGGAAUGGUCACGGCACAAUGGAUAUGUUUCAGCCCACGCCAGUAACUGUUAAAACAGAAGCAACUGAUCCCUCACCUAUUAUGUCGGCAUGGAAAGAAGAGAACUGUUUAUAUGACAACAGAUUUAACGAAAUGUUUGACAGCAAAGCUUACUGCAGAGAACAGACAGCCACAGACUACACACCCCAGAGUUGUGAAAUAAAAAGGCAAGCAAAUCGUCCUUCAGAGUCGCACAUUAGAAAACAUAACCCUCGGGGAACUCAUCUCUGGGAAUUUAUCAGAGAUAUUCUUUUAAAUCCAGAAAAGAAUCCUGGCUUGAUUAAAUGGGAAGACAGGUCUGAAGGAGUGUUUCGGUUUCUAAAAUCUGAAGCAGUGGCUCAGCUCUGGGGAAAGAAGAAAAAUAACAGCAGUAUGACAUAUGAAAAGCUUAGCCGUGCAAUGAGAUACUACUACAAACGGGAAAUUCUGGAACGUGUCGAUGGGCGAAGAUUAGUUUAUAAAUUUGGAAAGAACGCUUGUGGAUGGAGAGAAAAUGAGAAAUGAAAGCAGAAGAAAAGCUGCACUUAGAAUGUAUGAUAUAACAAAAAGGACAUUUUUUUUCAUAUUUAUGUAAAAAAAUCUACUAAUGGGAGAAGGUAACCUUUCGUUAUGUCCUAGAAUUUGAUACAUUAAAGUAUGUCCUGUAAGGAAAAGCUGUACACAGUUUCUGUGAAAUCAAUGUUUUUUAAAUGUUGUUUUGAAUUUGUCCAUGUGAAGGUUUUGUUGUUUUAAUGGGGAAAGUACUCUCUGUUGCUUUUUAUAUUUUGUUACACAAUAGAUUUAGAAGGAGCUUCAGAAUGAUGGCCAAACAAGAAUGAAUGUCAAUGCACUGUGCACUAAGAAACCUGAUUUUCAUUUGACUUUAAGGAAUUUUACGUCAACUGAGGGUAGCUGUUUCACUUUGCAUUUAUUAAUCAGUCCAAUAAAUGCCUUGCAAGCCGCUUGCAAUCAUUUCUGUAAAUGAAAGAAAUUUAAAUUGCGUGUCAACUAAUUUAUGAUUAAUUUGUGCAAUUACAUUUGCAUUUCUGUAUAAGAAACUUUACUGGCAUUUCUUCAGAAGUAAUGCACUUUCUGUAUCAUCAUCAUCAAAAACAAGUACUUCAGACGUUGGUGGCUAAAGACAACUUUCUUCAAAACAGUCAUUGCUUUAAUUAAUAAAAGUCGCUUAAUGAGGUGUGGAAUCAGCACUGAAGCAUAUGCAAAAAUGGAACCGAGGUCUUCAGUUAACCGGGCUUCUUAUGUAUUGUUCUGACUGGUCACUAAAUGUUAAUAUUUUAAAUCCAAAACGUACAUAAAUAAUGCACCAGAUGAAGGAACAUUCAUUCUUUUUGUUCCAGAGGUUUCAGUUAAAUAUUCUAGUUAUUUAUGAUUUUUAUAUGUCCACAUUAAAAAAGGAAUUAUUAUAAAGAAUGUAGAAGCAGAGCAUUACAGUUAGUAUUUGUUUUCAUAGGACACACACUGAAGUACAGAAAAAAAUCAUACUUUCCUGCUGAACUGUAAUCUUUUUUUCUUUACUAAGUAUGAAAGCAGUAUAUAGUUUAUAUCAAAAUAAUUUCCUUUCCUGACACAAUAUUUUCAAAGGCUGUAGAUACAUAAAUUUUACAUGAUGUAGCGACUACAUAUGAAACUGGUUAUCUGAUAAUUUUACAGACUGCAAAAUUUUGUCUAGUUUUAUAAGAUUUCCUAUAUUAAGAAGACAAAAGCAAGCAUAUUUUUCUCUUGUAAUGACCACAAAUGCAUGUCUAGUGUGCCUUAUAUUGACUUUUGAUUGUCAAAAGUCAUUACAAUAUUUUACAGUACCAAUUUGGAGAUAUUUGGAAUAUCUGACCUGUUUAUGUCCAGUCCAGUUUUAAAUAAUGUAAAAUGUAGCAAAUGACUUACAUCAGUCGAAUUGUGUGUUCACUAUCACUGCUUUCAGACUCAGCAGAUCACUGGUUAUUCUGCAUAUUGCACUACUGACAAUCCUUACACUUCUCUGUUUGUAAGGUGUAGAGCUGUGAUAUAAAUAAGUAUCCUGUUUUGAAUAAAAUGCUUCCUGUUUUUAAA